AUGGCUGCGCCACGGCGGCGUAUGGGCCUUGAAAAGAUAGGUCUAUAUGAUGUUGGCCGGGCGAUUGGCAAGGGAAACUUUGCGACGGUUCGGAUAGCACGGCACAGGAUUGCAAAGACCAAGGUGGCAAUCAAAAGUAUCGAUGUGUCGGCGCUUGAUAGAGAGAACCUGGUAAAGUUGGAACGAGAGGUGAGGAUUGUCAAGAUAAUUGAUCAUCCACACAUUGCCAAAAGUUAUGAGAUCAUGAGGGUUGACAACAUGUUGUACAUUGUGAGCGAGUACUGUAUGAGUGGAGAGUUAUAUGAAACACUGAUUGAAAAAGGAAGAGUGGCUGAGGAUGUUGCCAGGAAUUGGUUUUCAGAGACAGCAUCAGCAGUUUCAUAUUUGCAUUCGCAAGGGAUUGUUCAUCGAGAUUUGAAAGCUGAAAAUAUUCUAUUAGGCAAAAAUUCAAAGAUAAAAAUUAUUGAUUUUGGGUUUUCAAAUUUCCAAACUGGCGAUCAACUGUUGAAUACAUGGUGCGGUUCUCCUCCAUACGCUGCACCUGAAUUGUUAUUAGGUAACUCAUACGAUGGCAUGAAAGCUGAUAUCUGGUCUAUGGGGGUGUUGUUAUACAUUCUCGUGACUGGUGGAUUUCCUUUCCCGAGUGAUUCAGUGAACAAACUCAAGAGAUCCGUUCUCUCCGGCGUCGUUAAGAUUCCGUAUUGGGUUUCUGUUGAAUGCGCUGAUUUCAUCCGGAAGAUGCUUGUGUUAAACCCUGGGAAGAGAUAUUCAAUUCAAAAUGUUCUUCAACACAGAUGGAUGUAUAUUAGGAAUGACGCAAAGAAAACCCAGGUGCAACUUCUGGAAGCAAUACCAGCAAGUUCAAUUGACAUCCGACAGCAGUCCAGUAAACUGAACCCAACGAUUAUGAUGUUUAUGCAACAACAUGGGAAAUGGAGUGAAGAGCAAAUUAUUGAUGCUGUGCUGGGACGCGACUUUGAAAGCCCAAUUUUCGCAACAUACGAACUUUUGGCUGAUAAGGUCAAGAAGGGGUCUCUUGAAGGUACAGGGGAAGAGUAUCCAAGGAGGGGCUCUAGGGGUUCAAUAUUGAGUGGAAAAGCAAAUGUAGAUGAACAACCACUGACACCAACGAUAUCUGCCCACCAACUUGCACAAUUGAAUCUUUCAAGUCCCGAUUGUGAUUCUGAUGACUCAUCGAAUUCUGAUUUGUGCGAUGAUUCUCCGCUCAGUUCAAUGGAACCAAAUCAUGACCGUCAGUUUGGACUGCCUAGAGGACUGGAAGUGUUUGGAAAUAGGUUUGAGAACAGACGACAUACACUGUGUGCAAGUGAACAACUCCUGUCACCAAACAUGAUGGGACAGUUUCCACCACCGAAUCUGUUACUCAAUAACUUUAUGAUGAACCCAAUUGGUUUUCCACCGAUGCCAGAAGGACAAGCCGCUGAGUUUCCACUACCCUCCCUUCAUCCGGGCCUUGGCACAUUUCCCAUCGCGGAUUACUCAAAAAUGUUACCCGUACCAAAAAGUGAACGACGAGCGUCAGCAGGAGAAACACUUCUUCCAACGAAUAUUGAUUUGCAACAACAUCUUGCAAAUCUUUCUGCGAAUCCUGCAUCUUUUCCGACAGUCGAAGAAGAAGGAAGAUCGUAUCUUGCCAAGUAUGGAGGGAAACGAAAUACUGUACACUGUCUUGGUAAUCAACUAGGAGGAGGUAUCCAGAAUCCAAUUCCAAGGUAUCAAAGAACACCAUAUGCUAAAGCGCCACCAGCAGAACGACGGAGUAGUUGGGCUUCUCCUUCAUUAUCAGCUCAACAGCAAACACAUCUUGAGAAGAUCUUCAAAGAUGCAUUACAAACAAACAGUGACAUAUCUCGUCUGCAUAAGGAGUUCAAAAAUCUUUCUCAUGGAUGUGCACAAUCACAAAUUACAAACGAGGGAAGUUCUUUGGCUUGUCCACAAAUCUCCAUAACGGACGAGUACAAUCGACAGCAUAACAUUGCACCAUCAGCAUCAUCGUUUGAUCCCGUUAGCAUAUUCCAGAAAAAUGCACAAGAAGUAGUUUUUGGCCAACGACCAGCAACGGCCAUCGGAUUCUCGUCAACUUCGUUCUCGGGAAUGUCAACACCGGAGCAAACCACCAAAUCCACUGAUGAUAGAAUUAAGAGUUGUGUUACUAUACUACCGUUUGAUGAAGUUGUGCAUACACUCAAAUCCAGUUUGAAUUCGAUGAAGAUUCCAUUCCAAGAAACACAUGAAGUGGUUCCUGAAUCAGAAUCAACAGAAAUGAGACGUCUGUCAUUACCGUCCGGAGUGGAGAUAGGUGUUGCAGUGUUACCUCCAGAACUCAAGUCUCACGUCGAAUUUGCGAUUAUUAACAAUGAUUCACCAAAUUCCGAUUUUCUUUGCGAUCAGCUCAUAUCUCACUUGCGAUACAUUGAUCCCACUCUUAUUUCAGAGUGA